CUCUCACACCAAACUUGCCAUAGCAGCUCCUCACUUCGACGAGCUCCUCCUCGAUCUUUUACUUCACCUAAUUCCAUCGUGUCGCCUAUUUCACGCGGAUGACAAAGGUUUACCCCAACUCCUCCGCUACCCUCCGCUCCUUCUUGGAGAGGCCGAAGUGUCCUGCGGUCGGCGAAGGAAGGGAUCCGGUGGUUCUCACCGUCUGGACAAAAUCGUUGCUGUUUAAUUGCAAAGGUUUCACGGUGUUUGACAGCAAAGGAGAUCUGGUAUUUAGAGUGGAUAAUUACAUGGAAGGACAUAAAGGCGAGAUCCUCCUUAUGGACGCCGCCGGCAAGGCUCUCCUCACCAUCCGCCGCAAGAGAUUGAGCCUAGGAGAUCACUGGCUAGUGUACGACGGGGAAGCCACCGGGAAUCCGCAAUUCUCGGUGAAGAAACCCGUGAACAUCCUGAACAGCAAGUGUCUUGCUUACGUCAGCGCCGGGGACAGCAGCAGUGGCAACGGAUCGCCGCAGUCCUCAUCGUGGAGCAGCAAACAGAACACGGUUUAUCAGAUAGAAGGAUCGUACGCGCAACGGUGCUGUGCCGUGUACGACGCGAAUCGGAGGCCAGUGGCGGAGAUCAAGCAGAAAGAGGCGGUUGGUGGAGUCGGAUUCGGCGUCGACGUUUUCCGCCUGAUCGUUCAGCCGGACAUCAAUUCCUCCGUGGCCAUGGCUCUGGUGAUCCUCCUCGAUCAGAUGUUUGGAUCUUCCAGACGCUUCUCCGCCUAACAGCUCCAAAAGAAGGCAAAAAAAAAAAAAAAAGAGAGAGAGAGAGAGAAAAAGUUAAAAAUAAAAAUAAUUAAAAGGAACAGCACAUAGCAACAAUCACAGCGUCGCAAUUUCCUGUUUUUCAAGAUCUGACUCUUCCGCUUCUUCUCCAAAAGGGCAUAGUUUGUUGUAAGAUCCUUCUUCCCCACAAUUUUCUUCUUGGAGCUUGGAAUUUUCAGUUUUUAUUGUAAAAAGCCAUGCUCUAAAUGGGGAUGGCAAUGAUCUAUAUGUACAUACCCUCGGGCGUCAACGUAACACAACAAUAAAAACCAGAAAUUAUG